AUGCAGCAGCUGCUGCAUUUGCUGCUGCCAGAGGAGACACGAGGAAACACCUCUGCGGUGUAUAGGCAGCUGCUGCUGCCCUUAUUAAGACCUCCUGAUGCCUCCAUACAUGACCAGCAGCAGCAGCAGCAGCAGCAGCAGCAUGACCAGCAGCAGCAGCAGCAGCAGCAGCAGGGUGCCCACACGGAGGAAGUUUGCUUCCUGAUUAGCUGGUUGCUUGCUGCUGCUGCUGCACAUUAUAGCGAGGAGCUGCAGCAGCAGAAGCAGCAGCUGCUGCAGCAGCGGGAACAAUCCUCUGCUCUUGAUCAUAUAAAACGUGCAGCAGCAGCAGCAGCAGCAGAAACAGAAGCAGCAGCAGCAGCAGCAGCAGGGGGAGAAGACUGGCAACACACGGCGAAUGUCUUGCAACAACAGCAGCAGCAACAACAACAACAAGAGCAGCAGCAGCAGCAGCAGCAGCAGCAGCAAUGUAUGGAUGUUGCUGCUGCACUAAAGGAAGCAGAGGAGACACAAGAGGGAUUAUUAUUAUGGCAUAGUCUUGGCCAGCAGCAGCAGCAGCAGCAGCAGCAGAAGCAGCAGCACCUGUCGCAGCAGCAGCAGUACGAACAGUUGUUACAGCAGCAGCAGCAACAGCAGCAACAGCAGCAACAGCAGCAGCAGCAAGAAAAGGGUGUCUCCUUACACAGCAGCAGCAGCAGCAGCAGCAGCACAUCAUCUCUUACAAAUCCUCCUGAGGAUAUCCGCAGUGUCUCUCUUUCUUUGCUGCAGCUGCUGCUGCAGCAAGUGCUGCAGCAACUGCAGCAGCAGCAACUACAGCAGCAACAACAACAGCGACAACACUAUCAUCGUCAUCAUCAUCAGCAGCAGCAACUGCAGCAGCAGCAGCAGCAGCAGCAGCAGGACGCGGCCUUUAGCAUCGAUAGGUUACUUGAGCUGCUGCAGCAGAACAAGAUAGAGUUGAGCAGCAGCAGGCAGCAGCAGCAGCAGCAGCAGCAGCAAUUGGUGCUGCAGCAGCUGCAGCUAAAGCAUCAACAAUUGCUGCUGCAGGUAAUAGAAGGAGAGUUAGAUUAUUUUACGCAGCAGCUGCAGCAGCAGCAGCAGCAACUGCAGCAGCUGCUGCUGUUUGCUGCUAAGAGAGGAAUUCUCUUACCAAUUAAAUUCCUAAGAAUGUUAUCUGUAUUUACUGUUGGCUCCCAGCAGCAGCAGCAGCAGCAGCAGCAGCAGCAGCAGCAGCCUGCUGGUGGUGGUGGUGGUGGUGGUGGUAGUAGUAGUAGUAGUGGUAGUACUGCUGCUGCUGCUCGUCGCGGUGGUGCUGCUGCUGCUGCUGCGGGUGUGGCGGGUGCUGCUGCUGCUGCUGCUGCUGCAGCUACUCAUAUGGGGGCUGCAGCGCCCGCGCAUGCAGCAGCAGCAGGAGGAGCCGGAGCAGCAGUAAUAGCAGCAGCAGCAGGAGCAGCAGCAGGUACAGCAGCAGCAGCAGUAGCAGCAGCAGGAGCAGCAGCAGGAGCAGCAGGAGAUCUAGAAGGUAGCCGAGUGAGUUUGCUGCAGGUGCAGCAGCAGCUGCAGACGGAUGCAGCAAAGCCUCUUGCUGCUGCUGCUUGUGCAGCAGCAGCAGCAGCAGAAGCAGCAGCAUUGGAUGAUUUUGCUGCAGCAUAUAGUGCAGCAGAAGAGGGGAGACGGGAGUUGCAGGAGAAGCAGCAGCAGCAGCAGCAACUGCAGCAGCAGCAGCAGCAGCAGCUAAAGAAAAAAGAAAGUAUACAACUAUCCAUAACAAAAGCAAAAGAAGAAUUCAAUUCCUUACAACAAACAGUCAUACGAAGCUUAUCGAGCAGCAGCAGCAGCAGCAGCAGCAGCAGCAGCAGCAGCAGCAGCAGCAGCAGCAGCAGCAACAGCAACAGCAGUGCCUCUAUUGUUGCUUGUUCGUUAAGAGAUAUGUUUGCUGCUCUUAGCUGCGAAGCAGCAGCAGCAGCAGCAGCAACUUUGCUGCAGCAAUUGAAUCAGACUGUUAAUCAGCAGCAGCAGCAAACUAUACUCACCAACAUAUUACAUCUUAUAAGACAGCAGCAGCAGCAGCAACUGCAGCAACUGCAGCAGCUGCAGAAACAGCAGCAGCAGCAAGAGCAACAACAGCAAGAGCAACAGCAACAAGAGCAACAGCAAGAUCUGACGGAAGAAGCAACAGCAGCAGCACGAGCAAAAAGAUUAGAGGAUUCAUUAGCAGCAAUAGAGGAUGCAUGCAAGAAAGCGCAGCAAGAUUUGCUGCAGCAGCAGCAGCAAAUGCAGCAAAUAGAGCAGCAAAUGCAGCAGCAAACUAAUGAAGAAUUGCUGCAGCAAAAGAAAGAUAUUCUUACUAAACAAAUUAAGAAGCUAGAAGACGAAUUGGCUGAGUGUGGGGAGUUGCUGCAGCAGCAGCAGCAGCAGCAGCAGGAGAUAGCGAGCAGCAUAGAGUUGCUGCUAGAGCAGCAGCAGGAGCAGCAGCAGCAGCAGCAGCAGAAGGCUGCUGCAGUAUUAGAGGUGCAGGAAAAUUAA